AUGUCAAGUGAAGGUGGUGGAUCUACCCCAUUAGGUACGAUCAUUUAUUCAGCGGUGAAGCCCAUCUUCAAGAUCUACUUUAUUAUUGCAUUAGGCUUCUUACUUGCAAAGAGGAACAUUUUAACUGUUACGACAUGUCGGGACAUUUCUGAUUGUAUUGUAACAGCGAUCAUGCCGUGUUUAAUUUUUAAUAACGUUGUCACAAAUUUGAAAAGUUCAGACAUAAAGAAUUUGGGUGUAAUUUUUUUCACAGGAACGUUGUUGUUUAUUAUUGGUGUUGGGUUAUCAAUUUUAAAUAAGAUUUUAACAAAAUCACCAAAGAGAUGGCUUGGAGGACUACUUUCAGUCGGAUUAUUCCCAAAUAUAUCUGAUUUACCAAUUGCAUAUUUACAAACAUUAUCUAAUGGAGGGGAGAUUUUUUCUCAGAAAGACGGAGAUAAAGGGGUUGCAUACGUCUGUAUUUUCUUAGCAGCACAGGUGUUUUAUCAAUUUAGUUUAGGACUCUACCGUUUAAUUGAAUGGGACUUUCGGGAGGAGUUAUUAAAGGAAGAGCGAGAGGAAGAAAAAAACAUAGAAUCGCAUACGAAUACUAUUAAUAAUGAUUCUGUUCAAGAGCAGAGAGAUUGUAAUGAAGAUGCAAUUGAUGACACCUCAAUAACUUCUUCAUUCUCUUCUAAUUCAAUUCACAAAAAUAAUAAAGAAAUAAGUCAAACAAGGAGACAAUCUACAUCACGCCUACAUCCAGAUGAUGUAAAUGAUCAGCAUAAUGAAUUUUUAAGACAUUAUGAAUUACAAGCUUUACAAUCAAAUCCAAGAUCUACAAUUUCGUCUGGUUCAGAAACAUCACCAUCGCAUGUACUGUCUAGGAGAGGAUCGAACCAAGGAUCAAUAUCGACCAAUUACUACUCACUCCAUUUGCAGCCUUCCAUAAUUAGUGGAUUAAGACGUCAUAAAUCAGAAGACAUUAGCGACGUUAUAAAUGAAUAUUCAGAAUAUGAAGAAUGGAAAAACCAGGAAAUACGAAGAAUUGCUAGUAACGAAACCGGUGCCUCGACGAAUUUGACGGUACCUACUAACAAUGGACAUGAUGAGGAGCGGAGCAAAUUGGCGAAACUUAAAAUGCUUCUGAUCGAAACCCUCAAGAACUUUGCUGCUCCUAACUCUGCUUCGUUAAUCAUAUCGAUAGCCAUAGCCAUGGCUCCCCCAUUGAAAGCCCUUUUUGUUCCCAGUAAUUUCGAUAUACCUGAUGCUCCCGAUAGUCAACCUCCGUUGUCGUUUGUCAUGGAUAUCGCCAGCUAUAUCGGUGCAGCAUCUGUGCCUCUAGGGUUGCUUUUGUUGGGGGCCACAAUUUCGAGAUUGCAGGUCAAAAAAAUGCCCAAGGGUUUCUGGAAAACCGCGGUUGCAGUUACUGUCUCGCGAUUAAUCAUAUUACCAAUAAUAGGCGUGGGCUUAACUACAGGUUUCUAUAAAGGUGGUUGGUACGGUGACGACAAAUUGAUUCGUUUUGUCAGUGUCUUGGAGUUUGGUCUCCCAAGUGCAACUGCUUUAGUUUAUUUCACUGCCUUCUACACUGAUCCAAACUCAGAUGACCACCUACAAAUGGAUUGUUUAGCUGUUUGUUUGAUUUUCCAGUAUGCAAUUUUAUUCAUUACUUUGCCAUUUUUAGUGAGUUUUACGCUAAAAGUUUCUUUGGGAUUUUAA